AUGUGGGUCCUUGGGAAGAUCAGGGAGAGCAUUGGGAGCAUUCCUCUAGAGCUGAGUCGUUACAUGGGGAAGAGUGAAGAGGAUAUCUUUCUCUCUUCUAAGACCAGCCUCUCUCGCAAUCUGCACAACAACGUCCUCACCCCAGAAAAGAUCCCAGAGUUCUGCCUGCCACCACGGCUCUGCAAGAGGAGCCCUCUGCUUGAAGCGGAGACAACCCCACCUCACCUGCACAGUCAGAACCAGAUACCCACGAGCAGCACUUCUUCAGACAAUACACAUGUAAAGACAAAGGAUGUGAAGACAAGCAAUGGUGAUGCAUCAGAGGCUUGGAAGGCUACAAAGAAACCUUUGCCAUUCUCUGCAGAGGGGUAUGGGCUGGCUGGGAUGUAUGAGAGCCCCAACACUCGGAGGAAAGAGUCUUUGUUCCACUCAAAGUGCCCUGCUUACAUGUUUGACAGAAGCAUUCCUACUGCUGCACCCCGGCUGGCAAAUGAGACAAACCUGCCCAAGAAAAGCUUAUCUGGGGUUUUCUCUCUGUUUUCAUGCGAGAGCCUCUCAGACACAGGAAGCACAGAAAGUGAAACGCCUUCUUCCAGUGACUCCUCGUCCCUCAGUUCCCCUUAUAGUGCUAAAUCCUCCCUCUACAUCCCAUCGGGAAGCGGUUGUCUUAAAGGAGCAACAUCUUGUCCUGUGUUAACUGACAGCAGGGAGGACAGAUGGAGGUUGAGGAUGGGGGGUUUAGGUUUAACAACCUCUUCCAGUAGCCCUCCAAGCUUAGAGGGAAACUCACUUACCCUAGUCCCACGUGUCCUCUUCCCACUGGAUGUUCUGCAGUGCCAGGAGAGACUUCGGUGUGAGCACGUCCUCCCUUUGCAGGGCCGUGGUAAAGUGCGGCUCUCUGCUGAGCACACCGCACUAUGCACCGACACGUUCUCAUCCCUUUCCACAGUCAGAGUUCGUGUGGUGUCUGUGGAAGGCCUAUGGGAUAAUACUGACCUACGAACCCUGAACUGUGCAGUGAAUCUAUGUCUGACACCAGGGAAGCUGCAGCAACAGGAGAGCGCCACCAUCAGAAACUGCCGCAGCCCUGUGUUUAAUGAAGAUUUCUUCUUCACCGAGCUGAGUCGGGAGGAUCUGCUGGAACUGCAGCUGAGGUUAAAAGUGGUGGAUAAACCUGCAGCUGGAACACUGAGGAGGGGGACAGUGAUUGGAGUGAUCACCAAACCUCUAUCUCAGUUACUCCCUCUUAAUAAAUGGUUAGAAGAAUAG